AUGGCUGAUGAGCAAAUGAAUCAGCAGCAAAUGGAGCAUUCCCUGGCCGAGCACCACCAAGACACGUCUGGUGGAGUUGAGGAGUCGAUCCCAGCACCAAAGAGCCCCAAGUGUGGUGAUAAGCGCAAGGCCGACUGGGACGAUGAACCCAACGUGCAGACCAACGAGGAUCAGCCCAAGCGCCUUCACCUAACCCGUGUGGAGGAAAUUUCCAUCACCGAUCCUGCCCGUGCCCUAGAGCUGGAAAAUCUCGGCAGAGAGAUUGUGCUGAAGCGUGACUACCUUUCGAGAAGCUGGCACAACGUAAAUGAGCUGGACAUCUUUCUGCGGGCUCUCUUUGCUCGCCUUAUGCCUGGGGAUAGUUCCUUGAAUGAUUGGAUCAUGGAUUUGACUGUGCAGAUGCACCAGAUGCGGAUGCAGAUUGUUGCUGACGCGGAAGAUGUUCGUGAAUUGGAGGAUACUUAUCGCAAGGCUUAUUGUGCUGCCCUACAGCUGUGA